CUUUUUAAUUCUUCCUUCAAACAAGUUAAUUUAUGAAGCGAAAUUUCUAAACAUUUGAUAUCAAAUCGUACUUUCACCAAACCAACUAUGUUUUCAGGUUUAACCUCAAAGUUAUUUGUUAAUUGUGAAACGUUUUUUAUCCGUCGUCUAAAUAUAUCAACUACGUUUAAUGUUAAUUCAAAAAUAAAUGAAAAUAAUGAAAAGCCAACUCUAAAAGUUACUCCACUUAAUCAAUUUCACAUAAAAAAUGGUGGUAAAAUGGUCCCUUUUGCUGGUUACUCAAUGCCAGUUCUUUAUUCCGAUUUGUCAAUCAAUGACUCUCAUCUUCAUACCCGAUCAAAAGCCAGUUUAUUCGAUGUGUCACAUAUGUUACAGACCAGGGUUUAUGGAAAAGAUAGAUUCCAAUUUGCCCAUGAUUUAACUGUUACUGAUGUUAAAAAUCUUAAACCCAAUCAGGGUUCUUUGUCAUUGUUUACAAAUCACUCUGGGGGAAUAAUUGAUGAUUUAAUCAUUACUAACACUGAUUCAAAUUUUCUUUAUAUUGUUUCCAAUGCUGGUUGCAUGGAAAAAGAUAUUUCACUUAUGGUUGAUCAUUGUGCCAAACUUAGAAAUCAGGGUAAAGAUGUUUCCCUUGAAUUUAUCAACGACGGCUAUUCUCUAAUUGCUCUCCAAGGACCUUCAUCGAUGAGCUGUCUACAGUCUCAGGUAGAUUUUGACCUGUCAGUGCUUUAUUUUAUGUAUUCAAAAGUAUCUUCAAUUGCUGGUAUUGAUGGAUGCCGAAUCACUCGUUGUGGUUAUACUGGUGAAGAUGGUUUUGAAUUAAGUAUCCCCAAUGAAUCGGUUCAAAUAAUUGUGGAGACAUUACUUGAUGCCUCUGACGGAACAAUUAAGUUGGCAGGACUCGGGGCUAGAGAUACGUUAAGACUCGAAGCUGGUCUUUGUUUGUAUGGCAAUGACAUUGAUGAAGCUACAACACCGAUUGAAGCUGGACUAGCUUGGACUAUAAGCAAAACACGUAGAGAGACAAGAGAUUUUCCCGGAGCUGAUAUAAUAAUGAAACAGCUGAAAGAUAAGCCAACUAGAAGGAGAGUUGGCCUUAAAAGUGUUGAUAAAGGUCCACCAGCAAGACAUGGUUUUCAAAUACUAGACUCAGAAACUGGGGCCGAGAUUGGCAAAGUUACAAGUGGCUGUCCAUCGCCGUCUUUGAAUACCAAUAUAGCGAUGGGUUAUUUGAAGGCAGGUAAAGGCAAGCUUGGAUCAACAGUGAAAUGUUUGAUAAGAAAUAAACAAUAUGAAUUCGAGGUGACAAAAAUGCCUUUUGUACCAUCUCAAUAUUAUAUGGAAUAAAACAUUAAUAAAGAAUAAACACUUGAAAUCCGGUUAA